GGCAGAGAGGGAUGGGGCAGAGAGGUGCGAGGUAGAAGGGACCUGGAAAGCAGCCCAGCAGCGGGGGCGGGGUUCGGCGCCAGGCGGGCCUGAGGCUGAUCCGGUCUCCUGCUCUCGCUGGCCGGGAGUCCGGGGCCGCUGAGACCACACCCAGGGCCAGGUGCUCCGGUACUCUGCCCGGGCUCAGCUGGAGCCUACUGCAUGGACCGGCGGAAAAAAGCCCCAAUGACCGAUCCCACCGCCAGGAUGAGAACCUGGGCGCCCCGUGAAGCAGCGAGUCCCACGAAGCCCCCCAGGCGCACGGGGUCCUUUCCGGACGAGGUGAGGCGCGCGGCUUCCUGGGCUCCCAGCGCACCGACGCCGGUGGCGGCGGGGGCGAAGGGAACCAGGGAUCGUGGUCCUCGAGAUCGGUCUCCAGGCCCUAGGGCGGGAGACAGUUCGAACUGCGAGUCCUGGGUCCGAGACAAAGUGCUGUUUCUAAUGCAUCCAGAGAGGUGGAUGGGGGCUCACGGGGACCCUCGCCUGGAAGAAGUGACUGCUUGGGAGGACCUUCCCCGCUCGGGUGGAGACGGCCACCACCGGGACCCCGACGGCUUUUCUCCGUAUCCUGGAGAAAAGAGGACUUCUGGCCCGCGGAUAGCCGCUGCCCCCGGGUUCCCACCGCGGGCCCCCAAGGCCGUCCCCAAGUCUGUGCUUGUGCGGGUCGUGGAUUAUCAUGAGACGCAGGAAGUGCUGCAGACCGAGUGGACCAGGGGCCAAAUGACCACCAAGACUGAGGAGCGCUCCAUGACCGCGGUCACUUUCCGCACCGGCAGGGAGUGAGACGGCCCUUGGGAACCCCGGGUCUGUUUCCCAAGCCCGGACUCUGCUUACUGCGUCUUAGCAGCGAAAAGUUGUAUGUGCCCUACGGGAGCAGCCUAUUCCCCAAGGAGAUUAAAGAACCUGGAGGAAGCUGGCUGGGCGCACCGGGAAGGCAGACAGCGGCUGAGACACCGUGAAUCACUAUUCGGGAGCUUUGAAAUGAGAAGGCUUGCUGUUAAUUCCCAUU